UUGCUUCUUCAACAGCAUAACCAGAUCAGAGAGACUUUGCCGGAUACGCGCAACUGAAAAAUUUGACAGAUUCUGCGAGUAGCAAAACUUCAAUGACAAAAUGCCUCUCGAAAAGUUUGUGUCUUCACUGUUCGACUUAUUGAUGAACAAAGUUCGAGAUGAUGCAUCAGACAUGCUUCGAUAUGGUGACAUAGCUGAUGAAAGAUUUCGCAAUUUAAUCAUACGAGACUUACAAGACAUCAAAAAGAAGGUUGAAAGUCUUUCAAAAAAAGAUCUUGUUGUAAGUUGCGAAUACUUGGAGCAAGGAUUUCUUUUACUUUCUAAAUGCUUUGUCAGAAUAAAAAAAAAUGAGUUAAAACAAAGUAAUGACAAAUAUGACAAUGAAAGACUGGUAGCAGCUUGUGACGCCAUCACAGAAAUUAAACAAUUUAUUCAAAAUUGUGAUAAAUUGGAGACUGGGUCAACAAACUUUAAAGAUGCAAAAGAUCGUUUUAAGAAUUCCCGUGAAAAAGCAAACGAAGCAUUCAGUAACGAAGGCUUAACAUUGAUGGACCGAAUACAUGCGGUAAAGAUUAUGAUUGUGGCGCAAAUUUUGGAACGUUUUGAGACUCUAGAUGAUGCCAUUGAUUUGUGUAUACUUUAUAUGAAAAAGCUGCAUCAAUUGAAAGAGGUUCGUAAAAUGUUCUCUGUUCAAAUCGGCGGUGGCUUGCGAUCAAUGAUCGCAGAAUCCCAACGAAAGGAGAUUAUAAAAUCAGUGAUGAUUCUUAACUAUAACUUAAAUCAGUUUAUUAUGAGUAUCAACAACAGUUUUCGUGAUGCAAAGACUUGGCCAUCGAUUGAGCUUCAACAUGGAAGCGAGUUUAAUCCAAUAUUGAAUUGGUACAAAAUCUUUACUCCCCUGUCUUGGAAUGAAAUGUUAAUUACAUCUCCCCAUGAGCUCAUAUGCGCCUAUCCAUCGUUAAGUACUAAGCAUUACAGUGUUAACAGUCGUGGUGAGAUUAUCGCUUGCUACUAUGACAAAAUUGAAGUUUUGAAAAAUGAUGAUGUGAAGAUCAUCGAAGGCAUUUUCAGAGUAGACAGAAUUUUGGCUUGUACACUGGAUGAACAUGAUAGUCUCUACAUAUUAGGAAAAAGUAUGUUCGUGCCAGUAGAGGCUCUCAAGAAUUUGCCAUUACCCUACCUUGACCAAUAUACUUUAAUAAUUUUUGACAAACAUUUGAGUUUGACAAAUAAUAAAAACAUUUCGAAUUCUAUAGAGACUGCCCCUUUAAAACGUUUUCUAGAUCUUAUUCCCAUUCUAAGAUUUCAAGCUCUCAACCAUUACCUGGUGUUGCUGGGAAAUUUCUUCUUGUCAUCAAAAGUCAUUGUUUUUGACAGCAACGGGGUAUUACAGAACAAAUUCACUCUACCAGUCAGAAUGCAUGCAUUGACUCUUUCUAACAACAAUGAAAUUCUUCUAGGCGUAGAAAACAAAAUCUUCAUUUACUCUAUGGAAGGCUCUUUAAUUUCGACAUUAAGUUUGAGAGUAAAAAUUCUGGAUCUGACAUUUCACAUGGGCUUUGCAAUAAUUCUCAUUUUUGAUAGUUCAGGAGGUCUUUCAGUUUGUGAUGGAACGGGAACAAUUCAAUGUCAACCCAAUGCAAAUCCAGUUCUAACUAAUGUGUAUUACAGUAAAUAUCAAAUUGUCAGCCAUGGAUAACUGUAAAUAUAUUGAAUCACUCGGCAAAUGACUAUUUCCAUAAUUUAAUAUUCAAUACAGUAAUUUAGAUCAUGAUGAUAAACUUUACCAAUUGUGCUCUAUAAAGACUAAUAAUAAUCAUAAAACUGCAUGCAUAACUAAAUUUAUUCCUUAUGUAUAUAUGAGAGAAAACUACUAAAGUUUAAACACUUUAGGAAUAGCCGAUGCAAAAAUUAUAAAUACGUAAAAAACGAUCAAUUACGAUCAAACUA